UGAGUGACAUGCUUCUCACACACUUUGACCUGAAUCACACACAUGUUCAAACAGGACCUGUGGACGUGCAUUAGUGGAGAGAAGUCAGAGUGGGGCUGCUACACACUGCUAUGCAGGCAGUGCACCAGAUCAGUCGUGGGUUAUUAUUUAUUAAUGAUCAUGUGAAUCAUUAGAUGGCAUUCUAUUUGUAAUUCUGCCACCAGGGUGUAUUAGACAAGGACACUCAUAUAUUGUGUAUUGCAAAACAUUAUUUAUUUUGUUUAUAAAAACACAACAUAAAUAAAUAUAAUAAUAUAUUUGGCAUAACAUGCAGCACAUAGAACACUAGAAAUGUUAGGUGUGUAUGUGAUCUUAAAGUUAUUGGCAUUAUGUUUCAUGGAUGUGCAAUAAUUAGUUAUUAGUGCCAUUAUUUAUUUAUUUAACCCCUAACAGAAGCCAUUUUACAUGAUCUCUUUCUUAUUCGAGCAGUAGACAGGAAGUGUAAACAGGUUUGUUGAGGUUGGCACUUCUUAGAAUUUUGUGUAUAGCGAAGGAAGUACAGACAAAGAAGUCCGAGAGAAACUCUGCUCUCACAUUUUAAUGAACUGUUUCUUGUCUUUCUCCUCUUUUCCUUCUGCAUUAUUAGAAAUGUAAAGUUAAUGUGUUUUUUUUAAAAGCUAAGCGUCAGAGCUUCAUUGUCGUUUUCGAUGUGAAGAUGGACCAAACCUUGCGUUGUGUGCUGGGGUUUUUCUUGCUGAAUUUGAUCCCCCACGGAUUGGCUCAAGGUAACCGUCCCCGUGUGACCACAACAUCCAACUGGCCUGAAACAUUCUGGGCUGAGACGCUCACUCUCAGAUGUGAGAUUGAGGGAGGUGGAGACUCUGAAUGGACGUUUGGAUGGAGAAGAGACAGAACAUUCAGCUCAGACAAAUAUACAGCAGACAAUAAAUACAUUAUUAGUGGAGCCACUGAAUCUGACAACGGAGACUAUGAGUGCAUCGGCAGAAGGGGCCAUACUAAUUCUACCUUCACGCCUUGGAGUGAACCCUUCAAAUUGACUGUAACACCAAGAAGACCAAAGGCUGAACUGAGAGCUGACAGGACAUCAAUUCCAGCAGGGGGCGCUGUGACCCUGACCUGUGAUGUGAACCCUCCAUCAUCUGGCUGGACGUACAUCUUAUACAGAGGAGAUCACCCGCGCACACAAGAUGAUGGUAAAAACUUCAAUGGACGAAUCAGUGUCUCCCAGGGAGGAGUCUACUGGUGCAGAGGAGAGAGAGGAGAACCAGUUUACUACACAGAGUACAGUGAUUCAGUCACUAUCAACAUCAUUUUAUCAAACAGAGCUGUUGUGACUCUUCAGCCCCAUUGGACUGAGAUAUACAGCGGAGAGAAGAUCACUUUUAGAUGUGAAAUCGAGGGUGGAGACGACUCUGAGUGGGAGUACGAGUGGGAAACAACCACCUCUGAAAGAUCUGUAAGACAGAGUAAAUCCUUUGAAAUGACUGCUACUUCUUAUAGGGAAGGAGAAUACAAGUGUAAGGGAAAACACAAAACUGAGGUACUUUCCUCAACACCAUGGAGCACUCCAAUCACAUUGAAAGUAUCAGGUAAGAUGGACUUAAAAUCAAAAUGAAAACAAGUUUUAAGA